AUGAAGUUCACUACUACCACCAUCGCUGCGCUUGUCGCCGUCCUUCCCAUGGCUAACGCCUGGAUCUUCUCCACCUGCAGUGGCCAGUGGGACAGCCACGGCAACCAGGGCUGCACAAAGUCCUCCUGCAAGACUGGCGACACCAUUGACUGGGAGAACACCUGGGGCUCGGACUGCGUCCUCCGUCUGUACAGUGACAAGUCCUGCGAUAACCAGAUUGGAAUCGCCGAUGACGACUGGAAUGAUCACACUCUGGGCAAGAGUAUGGGCAGCUUCCGUGUUUCGGGCUGUUAA